ACCAUCCAAAUCUGUAGCCAACCAUGGACCAUUGCCGAGUCUAUCGCUAAAAAGUGGCUGACAUAAUCCCCCUGUUCUCCCGCUCUUCUUCUCCCCCUUGCUUCUUCUCCUUUGUUCAACGUCGCCCAACUUCCCAUCUGCUGUCUCUUUUCCUCUUCUUCUUCCUUUUCUUCUUCCUUUUCUCGCUCAUUCCUUCCAGUCUCUCGUUAGGACCCUAUGUCCACCUGACUCCUUCUUUUUCUAUCUCUCGCUCUUUUUGUUUCGCUCUUCUUCAAUACUCUCUCUUGAAUAUCCCCCUUUUACCAACUGUAAUAUCCUUCACUCCCCAUUGUCGCACACACACGCACUCGCGCAACUCGCAUUUAACCCUAGCCCAACUUAGUUUUAACCUUUGUAUAACUAUUAAUUACCUUACAUAUUCGUUGUUGAUUUCAUCCUCCCGCCAUGAAGUUCUCCUCCGUCAUCGCGGGCGCCGCUCUUGCGGGUUCGGCCUUCGCUGCUGAGCUGGACCCCAUUGUCAUCAAGGGCUCCAAAUUCUUCUAUAAAUCUAGCGGCGAGCAAUUUUUCAUGCGCGGUGUUGCAUACCAACAGGAAAUCUCCAGCAAUGGCACUACCAAUAAAACUGGCUAUAAAGACCCCCUUGCCAAUGUCGAGAAUUGCAAACGCGACAUUCCACUCCUCCAAGAACUAGAGACAAAUAUCAUCAGAGUCUACGCGAUCGAUCCCAAGGCGGACCACACCGAGUGCAUGGAAAUGCUCCAGGAAGCCGGCAUCUACGUGGUCGCUGACCUGUCUGAGCCCAGAACCUCGAUCAACCGUGAUGAUCCUAAGUGGGACAUCGAACUUUACAACCGCUACACUGCCGUCGUAGACGUGCUUGCCCCUUACUCAAACGUCAUGGGCUUCUUCGCCGGCAACGAGGUUUCAAACAACAAGUCCAACACUGACGCUAGUGCCUUCGUCAAGGCUGCCGUUCGCGACACCAAGGCCUAUAUCAAGCAGAAUGGUUACCGCUCCAUUGGUGUCGGUUACGCUACCAACGACGAUGCCGAUAUCCGCGAUGAUAUGGCUGAUUACUUCAACUGCGGCAGCAAAGAGGAGUCUAUUGACUUCUGGGGUUACAACAUCUACUCGUGGUGCGGUGACUCUAGCUUCAAAGAGUCUGGCUACGAUAAGGUUGUCAAGGAGUUCUCCUCCUACUCUGUCCCCGUCUUCUUCGCUGAGUAUGGCUGCAACGAAGUCCGCCCACGCAAGUUUACCGAUGUCGCUGCGAUGUACGGCCCUCAGAUGACACCCGUCAUCAGUGGAGGUAUCGUGUACAUGUAUUUCCAAGAGGCUAACAACUACGGUUUGGUCGACCUCAAGGGUGACAAGGUCACACGCCGUGUUGAUUUCAAGAACCUGAAGGAACAAAUUACCAAGGUCGACCCCAAGGGUGUCAAGAUGAGCGAGUACAAAGCCGAGUACACUGAACUCUCUGAGUGCCCCGGGACCAGCAGCGCAUGGAAAUCCCACCCGUCUCUCCCCCCCGUCCCCAACCAGGAACUCUGCGCCUGCAUGGUCAAAUCCCUCUCCUGCGUCGCCAAGAAGUCCAUCGACGACGAAGAUCUCGGUGACAAAUUCGGCACCGUGUGCGGUCUUGGCGAGGAUGUCUGCGCCGGCAUCGCCCACGAUACUGAAGAUGGUGUAUUCGGCGCAUACAGCAUGUGCGACCCACGCGACCAGCUCUCGUUUGCCUAUGACACCUACUACAAGCAACAAGGUCAAGCCGAUAGCGCCUGUGAUUUCGACGGUGCCGCGCAGCUGCAGAGUGCGAAGGAGCCAUCGGGCACCUGUGAUGACUUGAUAAAGCAGGCUGGCCCGGAUGGGAAAGGAACUGUUACCUCUGGACAACCUGGUUCGUCCCCCUCAUCUGCUGCUUUUACGACUACUAUUCCCGCGUUCAAUAUGGGAUUAAUUAGCGUGGGUGCUUAUGUUGUCUGUGGUGUUUUGGCCGGCCUUGGAAUCGUGUUGAUGUAAAGAAUUUCCCCCCCCUUUCAUUCUUUUUUUUUUUUUGUCUGUAUUGUGCUGCGGUAGCUGGCUUGCUCUCUUUGGAAUAAGAAUUGCGGAGAGAAUUUCUUUAAACAUUACAUACCUCACAUACAUACACAUGCCUCUUCCUCCUUCCCUUUUGACCUGUGAUAUUUGGUGCGGUUAGCCUUUUCUUAUUAUUCCCUUUCAUGAGUGCUCUUUUUGGAAUUGCAAAGGUACUUUUGCCUCAUAUUUUUCCCCUCUCUCUUUCGCUUAAUAGUUCCCGUUUGUAUAUCCCUCUUAAUUGAUAUUUGUAGUCUUUACGUCUUACCUUUUAUUGAUAUAUUGUUAUUUCGAAAUUCAUACGGAUUAGUUGGUUACAUGGUUUACACGUCUGCUGGUCCCUCUUGCUCAUCCUGUCAAGUGAAAAGUAAAUUUUUAAGAAAAUAUUAUUCCAUGGAUUACCGUUCAUGGCCUACAUACAGAUAUAAAACAGG